AUGUACAGGGAAAACCCUGUGCAGGGCUGGGGAAGACAUGUGACCAAACAGUGGGAUGGAGAACUGGCAUGUCACAUAGACUCACAAGAAAAUCUACUUUGCUACUGGUUGCCUGUCUCCAGUGCUCAAGGAAUUACUAACUAUACAAUAACCCUCAAGUGGGACAAAAUCAAGAAAUGUCUGGAAAGAAAUAUCUCAUCAUCUUCCAUCAAAGUGGAACGAAGUCGCCUAUACAUGAAUCGCCCUGUGACUAUCUGGGUAUCUGUGAUUUACUCCGCUGAGAGCUGUGUGAAAACAAAGAAUAUCUCCUUUAUACCAAGCAAAGCAGUGAAAUGUGGUUCACCCUCCAACAUAAAUGCUCACCAAGUAUCAAACAAAUUUGUAAUUAAGUGGGACCCACCAAAAACUUCUAUGCAAUAUGAACUGCGAUAUAAGGAGGUGCCUCUAGCAUCUUCAGAAUGGAUUGUGGUGCCCAUAGCAAACAAUGCGGUCAAUGUGACGGUUUCUGGAUUACAUGUAACAUCAUCAUACAUUGCACAGCUCAGAUGCAUACCCAAUGAUGAACAACACUGUGUCUGCGUUUGGAGCAGAGAGGUGGUGGUCCCUCAUAAGCUGACUGAGAAGCCAAUGAUUUCAUAUACCACAAUCACUGAACUCCCUCCAGGAAGAAGAAGUGUAUUUCUUAAGUGGAAGACAACACAAAACAGGAACGUCAUUGGAUACUAUGUUAAUGUUGAGAGGAUACCCAACAGUUGCAACAAACCACCAAGUCACAUCAGCCUGACAGAAGAGAAACUGCAUCUAAAUCUCUCCAUGGCUUAUUAUAGGCUAAAUAUUUCUGCCUAUAAUGCAGCAGGAGAAUCUCCACAGACCACUUAUAUUGUUCCAAAUUUCACUACAACAGUGCUGGUCCAACUCAAUGCCAUACCACAGGGAAAUAAUACUGUUAUCACCUGGACUCCAGAAUACAAUCCACAAUGUUUUAUAGUUGACUGGGGCACCGGUAAAGAAGAUAUGCACAUGAAAAUAAUCACUAAGCCAGUGGAAAAUUUCACACUAGGCCAUCUGCAACCAUAUGUACUGUACAAAAUAAUGGUUCAUGCAUCUGAUACAUGUCAAUGCGAAAAUUUCAUGAGACAUGAAAGGACAUUUGGAGCCACUCACUUCUACUCAGUUGAAGGAGUUCCUCAAAUAGGACCAGCCAAUGUGACAUUUUCCAAUGUCAGGAAACAUUCUGCUUUUGUGAGAUGGACUGCAAUACCUGCAGAAGACUGUCUGGGCUUCCUUCAAGGAUAUAGGAUCAACUGCACAGACACAAUGAAAACAACAUCUCUGGCUGUUACCGUCAAUUAUUCUACUACUAGUUACCUGCUACAGGGACUUAAAGAAAAAACUGUCUAUCGAGUACAGAUUUCAGGAAUCACAUCUGCAGGAGAAGGAAGCCAAAGCCAGCCCCAAUCCUUCAGUACAUUGAAAUAUGACACAGGAGAAUUUGAAGGCAUUGUGACUGCCCUUUGUCUUGGCAUCAUGUUCACCAUGAUUUUUAUACCUAUUAUUUGUUCUUCGAUGCUUAGAAGGUCAAAAAGACAGUGUUGGCCAAGUGUACCAAAUCCAAGAAACAGUAGCACCAUCCAAGAAAUGGCAAGAACCAAUCCAGAGGAUACUCUGGGACCCAUUUCAAUAUCAUUACUUCAAAUACAAUCUGACAAUGACACUACCAGUCUUCAUGUCAUAGAAUGGGAGUCAAAGGCUUCUUGGGAACUGGAGCCCUUUGAGGGCACAAAGGAAGACAGUGAGCCUGAUAAGAGCCAGUUUGAAGUGGCUAGAGGUAGCCCAGACACCAGUGCAAAUGCUUCAAAAAUCAGUGAAAAAGAGACUGCAGCUGAGAAGGAAAGAGCCAGCUCUACUAUCAGGACACCCCUCCUGAGUGACUACACAAAUGUGGAAUUCAGUCAAAAAGCCAUGUUAAACCUGAUAAUGAAUCAUCCUGCAAAGUCUGCCUCUCCUCAUAUGGAAACUAAACUAAAUAAUGAAGAAAAUGCAAAACAACACUUUCUAUUUGUUCCUCAAGACUAUGUGAAACAAAACCAAGUAGUGUUUAUGCCAACAGGACCAACACUAGUAGAAACAGUCACAUGUUGGAAUUGA